UUGACGGAACACCGGACGGACCCUCUUUACCGCUGCACGCGUUUAGCUGCGCUGCUCAGAGCUGUUAGCAGUUAGCAGCAUGAAGAAAGAGCAGGUGAUAAACUGCCAGUUUUCUGUUUGGUAUCCUUUAUUUAAGAAGCACACGAUUAAAAGCCUGAUUCUUCCUCUGCCUCAAAAUGUAAUCGAUUAUCUGUUGGAUGACGGGACUCUUGUUGUUUCUGGAGGCUGUGAAAACAACAAUCAAUGUUCACAGAACAACAACAGUGACUCAGAAGAGGAAGAAGACAUUCAGUGGUCCGAUGAUGAAACAACUACAGUUGCCACAGCACCAGAAUUCCCAGAAUUUACCUCAAAGGUUCAGGAAGCAAUAAACGCACUUGGUGGAUGUGUAUUUCCCAAACUGAACUGGAGUGCACCACGGGAUGCGAACUGGAUUGCCUUGAACAGCUCUUUGCAGUGUCAGAGUCUCAGUGACAUCUUCCUUCUCUUCAAAAGCUCAGACUUCAUCACGCAUGACCUCACGCAGCCGUUUCUCCAGUGCAGUGAUGACUCGCCAGACCCUGCCAUAAACUAUGAGCUGGUUCUGAGGAAAUGGAGCGAGCUCAUUCCAGGAGGGGAGUUCCGCUGCUUUGUGAAGGAGAACAAGCUUAUUGGUAUCUCUCAGAGAGACUACACCCAACAUUACCAUCACAUCUCCAAACAAGAGGCCAAUAUUUCCUCCUCCAUUCUGCAGUUCUUCAGGGACCACAUUCAGCACCAGUUCCCUGAUGAGGACUUUGUCCUGGACGUUUACAGAGACUGCAUGGGUCGUGUUUGGCUGAUUGACUUUAAUCCGUUUGGUGAGGUUACAGACUCUCUGCUCUUCUCCUGGGAGGAGCUAACCUCUGGAAACAGUCUUACAACAAGCGACACAGAAGCACUACAGGAUGGUCCUGCUUUCCGGUACACCACCAGUGAAGUGACUGUCCAGCCAAGUCCCUGCUUGUCCUACAGGAUCCCACGAGACUUUUUGGACCUGACUACUGGAGAAGAUGCAUAUAAGUUGAUCGAUUUCCUUAAAUUAAAAAAGGGUCAACAAGAGGAAGAGUCAGAAGACGAGUCUGAGCCUCAUGUUGAAACUACAUGAGAUAAAGAGGCUUUGGUACAAUAGACCAACUGGAUUCAGACCGUUUACAAUAGCGGCUCCUCUUUUCCCAGCGUUGGUUUUCUGCUCUGUAUAUUUAUUAGAGGGACAUUUAUUAAACGUAUCAAAUUCUAAACAGUACUGUAGAUCUGCAUGGCUUCACAUGAAGAGGAAUUGUUUAGCCUAGCAACAUGUGCUAAAAUGCUGCGAUGCUACGUGAGUGGUUCUUGUAUAACUGUGUCGUUUGAAGGAUGAAAGAUUAAGAGGAACUUCUGACCGUGAUAACGGUUCUGUUUCUCUGCUCUGUAUUUCUUAAACAGGCUACAGAAACAACCAGACGCUGUGUCCCAUGCUUUUGGGACUGUUUUGAGAAAGAAUAUUGUAAAGUAAUAUUAAUAAGAUGAUUCUAAUGCUAUUAUUUAAUCAGCACAGCCCAAAUAGAUUUUGUUUAUACACUUUUGAAUGUAAAAAAGUUACCAAUUUGUUUCAAAUUAGUCAUAUUAUUUGCAUAAUAAAAGUACUGUUAUAUUCUCAGCUCACUGCACUGAUGGAUUUGUGUUGAAGUAAAAGUACAGUAGGGUAAAUGUUUUUUUUAUUCCAUAUAACAUUGCAUAUGACAUCCAGUGUUAUAAGAAGUUAUUCGAUUUAUUGAGUGGCUGAAUAAGCAGAGAAUAUUAGUGUGUGACCUCUUUUUUGGCCAGCCAGUGUACUUUCACUUGGGUUACAGUAUGCUUUUUGAGAACCUCAGACUUUGUCUGAGGGAGGGAUCUAUGGCCUCUAUGGUAUGGCCAGCAACAGCUUAUAAAUCAGUUUCUCUGAUUUUGCUAUUUAUAGGUAUAUGUUUGAAUAAUUCUAAAUAAAAAUAGUCAUUUAGAGCAUUUAUUUGCAGAAAAUGAGAAACGGCUGAAAUAACAAAAAAGAUGCAGAGCUUUCAGACCUCAAAUAAUACAAAGAAAACAUAUUCAUGAAGUUUUAAGAGUUCAGAAAUCAAUAUUUGGUGGAAUAACCCUGGUUUUUAAUCACAGUUUUUAUGCAUCUUGGCAUCAUGUUCUCCUCCACCAGUCUUACACACUGCUUUUGGAUAACUUUAUGCUGCUUCACUCCUGCAAGCAGUUCAGCUUCGUUUGAUGGCUUGUGAUCAUCCAUCUUCCUCUAAAAGGUUUUUAAUUUGGUAAAAUCAAAGAAACUCCUCAUUUUUAAGUGGUUUUCUAAUUCUUUUUUCAAAGCUGUAUAUCCAAAGCAUAUUUCAGACAUGUACAGAUUGCUUGCAUUUAUUAAUAGGAAGAGUCAAGCCAAACCUAAGCAGAGAAAAAAAGCCGAAUAAACUGAGUCUUUUUAAGAAAUGCACAUUAUUUUAAUUUUAAGUAUCUUCAUGCCUAAAAAAGUCUAAAUAAAAAAAACCUGAUUUCUCCCAUAAGAAGGAAAUGGAUAAUAUGGUUAUUUAUAAUUGAAAUGGUUUAAUUAAUUAAUGAGGCUUGUGACAUUUACAUUUAAAUGGGAAAGUGUCUGAUUUAUUUUUAAUAUAUUUGCAAUCUUAAAUACCUUAUAUAUGUUGCAUUUGUUGAAAAAAUAGAACUGUACAAAUUAGAAAAUGUAUUUACAGCAAUGUUCAUAAAGAAAACACAUGAAACUUGGGGAAAUGAGAAUUUCAAAAACCUUUUAUUAGAACAAUACAGCAGAUAUAAAGGUUCUACUGCAGACACUCAUAACAUGUGCUUCAACGACAAAUAGUAUGCACCUCUCGCACACCAAUAAUAAAUUAAUCGUAAAAGUAUAAGAACAAAACAAAUGCAUUAAACCCCCUCAAAAAUGGAUUCGACUUGUUGCGCAGUGGAUCAAGGCCUGGUGCUGGUAAUUAUUGGUGGUAAAAUGGGCCCCAGAGCUGUCGACGUGUCCAGUCUCUGCUGGUGUGGUCAGCAUGAAGACAAGAUAACGAGAUGACUGGAUGAGACGAUGUCACUCACAGAGAAGACACUUUUAAAGUCUCUGAUGUGUCUCUGAAGAUGAAGACGAUGACGACGAUGAUGUGAGGCUGAAGAGUGAAUAAGAGAAGCUGAUCCCAGAGUAACAUUGAGUGCAUUGCAGCUCCAACAGAGCCUAAAAUGCCUGUAUUUUCGGGGCAACAAUCUGAAUUUUUUGCGAUGUUUCGAUGUGCAACAAACUGAGGAGGAGCGGAUAUGGCAGUCUAUUGCUCCCCACGUCCGAAUGGGGACUUUGAUCUUAUAAAAUAUCAUCAUUAUUAUCAUAAAGACACCCCUUUCCAACAGCCCUUUCACCCAGAUUACCCACAAACAGUUUCCAAAAACAUCUUCUCACGUAACCAAACCCAAGCUAUGGCAAUAAACUUAGGGUUGUUUUUUUUUUUUU